ACAGACUUUGCCAUCGUCUCCAUGUGAGGGCGAGUCUCCUCCUCCUUCUUCUCCUCCUUCUUCUCCUCCAGCUAACGGAGACUACUGCGAACUUUAACGGGGGUAAAGAGAGGAGAGAAGCUGGUGUUAGGUGUAGACCACACCGUGAAGCUUGAGUCCAGUUGCCCGGUGUGUGUGGAGGACAGGCCGGGAUUCUUUUUCCACCUUCAACUGCUGGAACUUGUCAGUAAAUCACGGAGGAUUAAGCUGAAAGAGGACAUCUGUCCGACCUGUGUCCCACCUACCAACCUCCGUCUUCAAGACCAUGACCAGAUGCAGAUGUCAGUCACACUCUUUUAAAUGUUAGUACUACUUGAGCAGAUAUCGCUCGGCUGGCCGAAGAGGAAAAAGAAGAAAGAGACAGUUGAAGGUGCCAGAAGAUGUCGAUCUGGAUGAUACUGCCUGUCAGCCUCCCAGUUCUGACCAUCACUGGGAUAUGGGUUGUCUACGCCAUGGCCCUGUACAACCAACAUGUCUGCCCUGUGGAUAACUGGUUGUACAACCAGUCAUGUGAAGAGGAGCUUUAUUUACAGAGUGGACCAACCUUGUGCUGCACACUAGACAAUGUACCUCUCAUCAGUAAAUGUGGGACACUUCCCCCUGAGAGCUGCUUCUUCAGCCUUAUCUGCAGUACAGGCUCAUUCAUAGUUAUGGGGAUUGUUCUGCUCCGAUACGCCCACGUGAUUGAGAAGCACCAAAACUGUGUUCUCAACACAGCGAGUCUCUCCACAGGCUGGAUCUGUGCUGCUGGACUCAUCAUGGUUGGCAACUUCCAGGUGGAUAAUGCCAAGAUUCUCCACUAUGUCGGAGCAGGAGUUGCCUUCCCCACUAGUAUGCUGUUUGUGUGCCUGCAGUCAGCGCUGACUUACCGACUGGCCAAGACCCAGGGCGAGUACAACGUGGCCCACCUCCGGCUCUGCAUGACCCUGCUGGCCUUCGUAGCCUUGGUGCUCAGUGGUGUGUUCUUCUGCCAGGAGAGCUUUGUCCUGCAGCACGCAUCUGCCAUCUUUGAAUGGGUCUUCUGUGUCAUCAUCAUGCUGUUUUACGGGACGUUUGCCUUCGAGUUCGCCAGCAUGUCGGGAGACACCAUGGCGGUGCUUGCUAGAGGUGGGGCACUGGGAUCUGCUGGGAGAGAACUCAAGGUGGAUGCUCUGGGAGGACACACACAGUCACAUCCACUCCAGCCCGAAAACAUGUCCAUACUGUAGACCGUCGACAUCUGGAUGCCACACAGAUGGCUUGUUUUGAUCCUUGGAAACUCUGGUUGUAGAAUGAGUUUAAUUAUUCAUUUCCAGCCACAUAUGUCUGAAGCUUUGAAGAAAACAAGGCCAGUGCAGUAGCCUGUUAAUGGCAGAGUGGAUUUUACAGUUUUAGCCCAAGGAGAGGAGAUGUGCUGCCACAGUGGAGGGAGCUCAGCGUCUAUUGAUUGUGUGUCUCUUAAGAACUUGUUGCAUUUUGCACAUUGCGCGGGUGUGAAAACCGAAUUCUCACCAACUCAGCCCUUUAAUAAAAAGGCAAAAGCAUUUUGUUAAUCAGGCUAAGAAAAUGUGCACUUACCCCCUGAGAUUCUGUCACUUGUUUCAAUCAGCGGCUUCGGGGCCAGUUCAAUUUCACUGCCACGAUGCUUUUCGCUGUUAAGGAGUGAAGGCCGCAGGGCGGCCUGGCUGACAGCGGUGAGGCUGAGUGAGAGGAGAUUGUAAAUGGAGGUUACAGUCAGAGGUCAGGCGUGUUUUCCUCAAAUAGGAAUGGUUGAACACAAUAAAUCCAGUCUAUAAAGGUUUCAGAAUGUACUUGAGAUAGAACAGAGCAGCAGCAGAAGCAGCAAUCAUUUAAACCUCCUUUUAAGCAAUAUUUUUGAUAUUAACAAAUCAAAUAAUUGUAAUGUCAUAGCCUUGUGCCGAGUAUUAAACUCCACUAGAAUGUACAUUCUCCUCCACACAUGUUUUAGCUUCUUUAAUCUGACAUAUAGUUGACUGUCAGUAGAGGAACUGGAUAACCACAACUGAACUGAAAGUGAGUAUUGGACUCAUAUUUUUAGAUGGCCAUUGGAACAAUAACAUAGUAGUUACAGAAAUGAACCAAACUAGCUUCUGGGUUUUUUUUUUUGGUAAUAGAAAUGUCCUCAUGCAGCUUUUUAAUUCCCACCAUCAACGUAUGCAAACCAAGUACCAUCGGAAAUGCACACUUCCCAGACAAAUCGAUGUGUCGCAUCGUUAUUUCAUCUGCACAUGAAAUAUCUGGUGCCUCGUGAAGGCAAACCUUCAUUAAUCAUGUUGUUAGGAUCAAUACACCAUAAACUUUGCAUAGUAUUUGAUUAUUGAAUUUCCGCUCUGUAGAUUUCUGCCAAAGAAUAUGAAAGCGAGGUGACGCGGUGUCCAGAGGCCAAGUGCGUACCAGCUAAUUCAAGCCAGAGCACUGGGCUUAUUGAGUUUAGUGACGAGGCAUCACAUGUGUUUUUAGGCCCUGUGGUCAGAGACCUGCAUCAGAUUUUUCCCCCGACAAGGAAGAGCAGAACAUGCUCUUAUUGUUUGAAUCGCAGAAGUCCAGCUGGUGCAGCAGGACAAAGGGAAAAAGGAAGUAUUUAUGUAUGUAAUGAGACAUAAGUGAGAUAAAUUGUGCAGCUUUUGUUGCAACUGUUCUCCGUUUUGUGCCAAAUUAUCAGUCUGGGUUGUGGCGUUGGCGCUAAAACGCUAAAGGCCUUAUUGUCAUCGUUCCCCCCACGAAUUGAGUUGUGACUAUGAAAAAUGAAAGCAAUAAGACAGAAGGCAUGGCUUCACUUAGUGGAGGAGUAGGCAAAGAAUGUUGCACAAACACAUACGAGUGCCAGGAAUACCAAAGCAGAGCUUUUGGCACCACAGAUCCAUUCCACACGGGGAAAAAAGCAAAAGAAAAAAAAGCUUAACAUGUCAAUGUCUGUCAGUCUAUUUUGGCCUUGUGGUUUGUUGUGUUUCUGUUCAGAUGUUCAAAUAUUCAUAUGUAUUCAUUGACUUUUGUUGUAACAGUGUUACUGUUUAUAAUUCACACCUCUGUGAAACAUUAACACACUUUAGUAAUCGAAGUAAAUAGAUGUUUUACAGCAGUAACAGUUUUAAAGGUCCAGUGUGUAGCAUUAGUGACAUUUAAUGGCACGCCAGGGAACUACUGUGUCCCUCGCAGAGCCGGUACAAGCGAGCUAAAUGGCUGCUUGUGGCGAAAAAAAAAAACCCAUUUUAAAACAUGUUCAAAUCUUAAGAUAUCUUUAACGAUUGGCAAAGUCAUUAAACUGAUGUUUAAUUCAAGUUCAGUAUCUCCACUACUUGAAUACGAAAGUGCAAAUUAAUACUAGGCCACUUUUGUGAUUUUACUGCCCACUAAGGGAAGGAAACAUAAACAAGAGUGACACUGGUUUUGUGUAAACAACACAACUAUCAUUAAUGCAAUUUAAAGUCUUACAUUGGUAUCAAUAACAGGCGAGCACUGGCGACUCUGAGGUGGUGGAAUGGGCGGCCCCAUAAAAGCUUAGGCAGAGGAGGUUUCCACUUUCCCCAUCUUCAUUUCCUCCGUUAGCUUCUGUUUCAAAUCACUCUGACUGGUUUUGUCCAUUGGAUGGUGAAGAGGGUGACCGUCACAAAGCAAGGCCCCAUUUUAAGCACAUAUAAAACGCUUGUCCUAAGGCAAGGAAAACACAUGCAGUUUUAUUUUAAACUCGCUGUACACUUAAGCAAACAUACUUGUGGUUAGUUUGUUCAGUUUCUGCCAAUGAAACCUCCCUAAAUGUUACACACACUGGACCCUUUAGAAAGCUGACUUGCGUGUAGUGAUUUGCCUCACGUCAGGUAGAGGUUUUGUAAGCACCGGUGUUGCAGAUCUGCCACAGAGCGAUUUUCCCUCUGACUGAAUGUAUGAAUACUCCCAACAAGACUGAACGUGAAGAGCUUGUGCUUGUUGCACUGCGGAAUGAGCUGAAAGGUCAACGCUGAUCACCUGCCUCUCUCUACUGGUCCAACUGAUCAUUGCAUUCACUGGUUUUUCACAGGUUUGGUUGGGGUGACAUAUUUUUGUUUUAUAUCCACAUUUAUUUAAGGUCCAGUGUGAAAGAUUUAGGUGAAAUUGAAUAUAAAACAUUUUACUGACCUUUUUUUUUUUUUUUAUUUGACUGUCAUGUUGGAUCACCUUCUGAGUUUUAAAGCUCCAGUGUGUAACCUCUGUUCUGACUCUCGGUCCAUAUUCCAACCGUUCUCUUUCAACAUUGGUUUUGGUAUCUCGUUAACUCACUCACUGCUUCAGAGAACCAGGUUAAUUCCUGAACCCAUAGCUCUAGUUCAACAUUGUUUCAGAGAACUGGGGGAUAAUUCUUUGACCUAAGGUUUGCUGCCGUCUCACUUUACUAGCGUAGCUGUUAUGCCUCUGCCUUAAACUUGUUCAACAAAAAAAUAUUCUAACCGGUUCUUCCUCUCGAACCGUGACAUCAUCAUGUGUCAUAUUCUGUGUUGUGAAGAAGAGCGGGAAGUAGAGGAAUUAGGGAGGAAAAAGUGCCGAUGUUGUGUUGAGUAAUAUCCCCCCACGUUGGUUCCUCUUAAUCUGGUGUGAACACGGGCUGCUUCGCCAGAAAGCACCAAGGUUCUGAGACUCCAGAACCAGAACCAUCUGCGUCAACUGAAGGCUACCACAGAUUCACCUACAUGCAACUUCACCCGUAGAUGUUGCUGAGUCCUACACACUUUUAAUUUUCAGAUUGUUUCACCAGCCUGACCUUACGGCCAUACGUUGUUUCUAUCACAUGUAGUUUUCUAAAUAAAAACAUUUAAAAAGUAUAUUAAAUGUAAAGCCAAAACACAGGUGCUCCUCAUGCUGCUCUUACAAGAAAUAUUGUCACUAUGCAUUAUUUACGAAAGGUGUUUAAUUUACUUUACAGUGUAUUAUGAAUGUUAGAAAUCUAUGCAUUUUGUUCCACUUAAAAUACCAGACAGAAUAUUACUGAAGCAUCAGCUGCUCGGCCUCCUUUUCAUUUCAUUUCAUAUCCGCCCCCCAGCCCUGUCCUUGUUUACUGAUCUUUCCGAUCUUUGCACUCAGGUAAUUGUUACGACACCAGUGAACUGUUAGCUUCUGCCUUUUGUUUUUGUUUUAAUGGAAUUCGCGUCCUGUAUAUUUGUUCAGCGUAGCAUAGGUGUGACGACACUCCUCCGUCACAGUUGCAGGACCCGUUGGUAUAACA